UAUAAGAGUUGCAAUGAUGUAGUUAAAUUUCUACUACAAAAAAACAAAGCACAAAUCUUUAAUGUUAUUUGAAACAAAGCUGAAAUACUUCAAUUGCGAACAUUUGACUUGUUAUUUCCGUUCCGCCAUUUUAAAAAGACACCAAAUGGCGUCAGAAAUGUCUGAUGACACAUCAGAACCCGGAGCGGAAAUACUGACGAGUUCAGCCUCCAGCGUCAGCAACUAUGACAUACACAACACCAGCGAGGCACACACUGCUAGUGUCACAUCAGGUACAGAAGAUUCAAACUCCUGCACUCUGGAGCCAUCGUCAUCUGAGACAGAUAGCUACAUGAGUUCGGGAGGAAAGGGAAAAGAUGAUGCAUCUGGAUCAGCAGAGCCCAAUUUGGCUCCAAAAGAAGACAGUGAAGAAAACAAAGAAGGAAGAGACAAACUUCCACUGCGCCCAGGGAUUAUUUGGAGGAAAGGAGAACGUCUUGAGGCUAUGGAUUAUCUGCAGAAAUGGUAUCCUGCAAAAAUUAUAGAGAUUGAUGAAACAGAACUAUGUGUGAGAAUCCAUUUUGAAGGGUGGAACCAGCGUUAUGAUGAAUGGGUAGACAUGAAUAGUGACCAUUUGCGACCUCUUACCCGUCACUCAGAGCGCUGGAACAGACAGAGACGCAGGAAACAAAAGAGCGACUAUAAAGUUGGCGACAAGGUAUUGGCCAAGUGGACUGACUGUAAGAUGUACCUGGCUAAGAUCGAUGAAGUAUACAGUGAUGGUUCAUAUGGUGUGCUUUUCUAUGAUGGAUUCAAGAAAACCAUUCAAGCAAUCAAUCUUUCACCUGCUCCAACAGAACAAAAGCAGUCAAAAUUCCUGAUAAAACCUCCACUACUGUCCAGAAGAGAUCUAAAAAAGUUGAAGAGUAAGCCACUGGAUUUCAAAGUUACAGGAUCAAAGGAGGCAAAAAUAUCAGGGAAAGGGAGAAGGUUGAAAAGAACAGAAAAGCUCAGCCCAGGUAGCUCCAGCACUGUCAGCAGUGGUCAACCAGGCGAUAAACUUCAGCGGACAUAUUGUGGGCCGCACAAAAAAAACAAGCUCAUUGUUGCUGGAUCUCUCUUUGCAAAACGAAACAAGUCUGAUGGCUCAUCAUCAAUGUUUAAGAAAAACAAAGAAGUGGGAAAGAGUUUUACUCGUGCUUUGAACGAGCAGUUGAAAGUGAAGCAGGAGGUGAAGACUGAGACUCCAGAGGAGGAAUUGCCUGAGAAAGAAGACAAGCCAAUAGCAACUCCUGGAGCAGAAGCCAGCAGUCAAACAGAGGUUUAUAACGCAGAGAAGCCUAGUCUUUCUCCAGCCAAAAAGGAGAAGCGAGCAGGAUCUUUCCCACCUAUUCGGCGGAGAAAAAGGAAGCAUCUUAAAGUGCCAGGUCCGCUGCAAGUGUUAGAACCACAUAAAGUAUCAGCGUCCCUGCCUAUACUCAAGAAAGCUCAGUCAACAGAGGUUGAAGAAAAGUCUUUUGAAGAGAAAGUGCCCCUUAGUGCCCCUCCCUUGAUGACCUUGCCGAGCAUGCCACCUAAAGCCUUUGUAGUGGAAGAAGACCACAACAGCCACAAGUGUGUUGUUCCUGGAUGUGGUAAAAGUUUUCGUAAAGCCAGCCUCCUGGAAUCUCAUGUUAAGUACUAUCACAGUGAGGAGGCACCACAGUCGCCAACCAUUCCUCGCAGACGGAAGAAGACACCCAGCAUGUGCUCCACAGAUUCAGAAACGUCCAUGUCUUCCAGAAGCAAUACCACUAGGCGAAAGCGCCAUGUCUCAGAAGUUUCUACAGUCGCUUCCCUUGGCAGUCCUGACUUGGCUAUGAAAAUUUCAUUUGACGAGGAAGAAGCUACUGGUGCCAGUCAUCGGAUGGAGUUGACUGUGCUCGAGGAAGCUCCUGCCGCCGAAAUGGAAGAAGAAUGUCCAGAAGAGGUGGUCAAUUGCAAAUGCGGCCUGAACGAAGAGAAUGGUUUUAUGAUACAGUGUGACGUGUGUAUGUGCUGGCAGCACACCCAGUGUUUCAACAUAGACGACGGCGAUCUGGACUCCAUCACAUCUUACGUUUGUCAGAUAUGCAAGCAGACGCCAGGGGUACGAGACAGUGCCCGCCAUCUGUACGAUAUGGACUGGUUCCGACACGGUCGCCUGCCUACAUUCAGCUACCUGCAGCAGGACCCGUCUCCGCUGCGGCAGAAGGAAAUGAUGGCGACCCACGACCUUGUUGCUGACGUCAUCAAAGUACAGCGCAUGGUGCACGGGUUACGGCAGCAGAUUGCAGUGACGAGGGAGAAAGAUCAUCCAGAACUGAGACUGUGGAAGCCAGCGCUGCCCAAAGAGACACGGUCGCUGGGAGUGUCCACCUCCGACUCCAGUGUCAACUCCAAGGCAACCGUGAGAUUCGGCGCGCACUCACAGGUGGAGUUAGCAGGGCAAGAUGGCGGAAUUUCCCCGGUAACGGACGGCGUCUUGUUUAAGGAUCAGCCGGCGCUCACAGGAGAUAGACAUACGGUGUUGCCGCCCACCAUAGAAGACGCCCAAGCCGCGCCCCUCGGGAAAGAUGCGCCUUUGAACGGCGAAACUCCUGUCAAGGUUCCAGGGAUCGAUUUGAAUGUCGUCCAGAGCAUGGAGGUCUGCGACGAGAAUACCAGCGUGGUGAAAGAGGAAGAGCAGAUGGACAUCAUCAAGCUGGAGCCCGACCUGAAGCCGGAGUCGGCAGUAACGUCCGGCCCGGCUGCCUCUAAGCCGCCUGAGCAAGGUGAUCUUUCAGACGGCCUUAAGGGGGAGAAGGGCGACACCGUGUUUAUGCCUGCAGACCCUGGCCCAACACCGGCGUGUGGUGCAGAGUCCUCCAGCAAGACGGUGGAUGACCAGCAAGUUCGAGCACAGGGCACGGUCACUGGCCAGAGUGAGGACAAGGCAUCUUCUACGGUGAAGACAGAAGCAGUGCACGGGGUAAAGGAGGAGAAGAAAGAGACAGCCCCUACAGCGCUGACCGUACGGAAAGAUCCCUUUUCCGACUGCAAGCUGUCGGUGCUGUUACAGGUUCGGUCGGCGCAGGACGACCUGGCCGCACAGCUGGACGGUAUCGAGGUCCAGAUCACAGCCAUGGAGCGACGAGAGUUCGGCGAGGAGGCGGCUGGUUCUUAUGGCAACAUCCCGGCUCUCAAGCACGCGCUGUACCGCAUCGCUCGCGAUCUGGACAAGGUCAAAGGCAUCGCCAUGUAUCGAUGACUGUCGACAAGGCUGAGGGCAUCCACCAAUCACAUCCGCAUUCUCGGAAGCCUCCCACUCCCACCCCUCCCAGCCCCUGGUGGCUAAAGAACUUCGUUUCCAGACACAUCAGCGUCGGCAUUAGUUUACACAUACGCGUUCCAGUCUUUGUGUGUGUUUACACAAUCUCACUUUCCUUCGUUAUUGCUUUUGAGCGGACAGACCAGCGGUCAUUUUGUGUGUUUAUUUAUUUCUCCGUGACUACUCUUACCAGCACACACGCUGUUGGAUUGGGAGUAGAAUACGCUGUUGGACCAUGUUGACCUAACAAAAAGUGGACUGUGAUUCAAACUUCUCACGCUGCCUGUGGUCCCACGAGACACACGAAACUAGAGAUUUCCUUUUUUUUUCAAAUUGAACCGAAGUGAACUCAAGUGACUUAGAGUUCCUGUUCUAAAGGUGUCAUAUAAUUUAUAAAUUUUUGUUCUUUUUAGUGUUGGGAUUGGGUGGAAGAUGGGGAAGGGAAAUUGUUAUGUGUUCAUUUUCACUGCCAAGCAUGGCUAGAAGUGUUCAGCGCGAGUGCGUCAUCAACCAUGUGACAAGGCAAGCUUUGCCCAACCGGCGCUAGAGCAGGCUUGGAGCGACUGGCUUUAUUUUGGUGUUCAGGGCUGUGUGUGUGUGAGAGAGAGGGCUACGACAAGUUUAUAAAUGUUUAAUGAGUGCUGGCGAACUGAAGGCCACUAGAAGAUGUUGAAGUCGAUCGCUUUAUUGUUCUUUUAUUUUCGUCGCAUUUACGAUCGAGACCAAAUCAAAAGAAAAGAAAGAAAACCUUU